AUGUACUACUUCGAGCUGAGCUCGGCGAAGAUACAUGUCAUAGGAAACGAAAAUGUUGCCGCAGAAAAUCCAACGUUUUCUCUGGAUGGGAGCACGUUGGUGUAUUUCCAACGACCUGCUGACGGUCCUCACCAAGCUGUCAUGGAGUGCGUGAAGGUACGAAUGGUCAAUAUAUGGUUCCUUACUUUUACAGCAGAGUUUACAAGGCUAACUGAUGAUUAUUUUUGA